AUGGCCCAGGAUGUGGAUCCAGAGGCAAGUGCCCAACUCCGGGAGAUGGGGGCGGAGCUACGCGAGAUGGGGGCGGAGCUCUGCGUAGCGGGGGUGGGCUGGACGCGCGGUGCCGCCCCUGGCCGGGCGUGGGCGGGGCUGUGGCUGGAAACCGGAAGCAGCCGCGGCCCCAGCUCCGGAGACAUGGCGGGCAUUAAAGCUCUUGUGUUAUUAUCCUUCAGUGGGGCUAUUGGACUGACGUUUCUUAUGCUGGGAUGUGCCUUAGAGGAUUAUGGUGUUUAUUGGCCCUUGUUCGUCCUGAUAUUUCAUGCCAUUUCUCCCAUUCCACAUUUCAUUGCCAAAAGAGCAACGUAUGACUCUGAUGCAACAAGCAGUGCCUGUCGGGAACUGGCAUAUUUUUUCACUACUGGAAUUGUUGUUUCUGCCUUUGGAUUUCCUGUUAUUCUUGCUCGUGUGGCUGUGAUCAAAUGGGGAGCGUGUGGCCUUGUUCUGGCAGGCAAUGCAGUCAUUUUCCUUACAAUUCAAGGUUUUUUCCUUGUAUUUGGAAGAGGAGAUGAUUUUAGCUGGGAGCAGUGGUAG